GCAUGAGUCAGCCUGUGGUUAAUGAACGUUAACGUGCAGAGUGACGGGUAGCAAGCGAUUGUCGUGCUUGCUUCGCGAUAGAAUUUAUUUUUAACUUAUAACAUACGUGGUUUUAACAUCUUGUUGUUAAAAACUGGCUGCUCCGUUAAUUUAUUUCCGUUAAAUUUCUACGAGAAUAUCGUCGUCUUCAGCAUAUAACAUAAUGUCGUCCAGAAAGACCGCAGGCCGCCGUGGCACCAACAAAAAGCGCGCCCAGCGUGCCACAUCAAAUGUAUUUGCUAUGUUUGAUCAGGCACAGAUUGCAGAGUUCAAAGAAGCAUUCAACAUGAUUGACCAAAAUCGUGAUGGUUUUGUUGAUAAAGAUGACCUCCAUGAUAUGUUGGCAUCACUUGGCAAAAAUCCAACAGAGGACUAUCUAGAAAAUAUGAUGAACGAAGCUCCGGGACCUAUCAAUUUCACCAUGUUCCUUACAUUGUUUGGUGAACGUCUCCAAGGCACUGACCCUGAGGAUGUCAUUAAGAAUGCAUUUGGAUGUUUUGAUGAAGAAAACAAUGGUGUGAUUGCUGAGGAGAGGCUUCGUGAGUUACUGACCACAAUGGGUGAUAGGUUCACCGAUGAUGAUGUUGAUGAAAUGCUCCGAGAGGCACCCAUACGUGAUGGCUUGUUCGAUUACGUCGAAUUCACGCGUAUCUUGAAGCACGGUGCUAAGGACAAGGAUGAACAGUAAGCAGGUUAUUAUAAAAUAUCAACCCAUAUUUACCAUCCAAUUUUAUCUUUAUAUUCUAAGUCAAUUGUCUAUGGAUUGAGUUUUUUGUAUUAUGAGUACUGGCAUUUCAGAUAUAUAAAGUUCAAUGGUGGUCAUAAGAAUUAAAAAUAAAAAAUAUUUGAGGAUAUGUUUCGUCACUUGAUUAAAAAUGUAGAACAAAACAAUGUACUCUUGUUUCAUAAUGUAAUACAUAAAAUAAUAUUUUGCUGUUCUAUUACGAAAUAUUGAGGUUAAAUAUGAAAUAUAUGGAUUCUUUUUAAGCUUUAUGGAUUAGUCAGUCGUUUUAACAUUUCUAAAAUGUCUGCUGUCAAACUGACAUAUUGGUAUAAGUUUAGAAAUAAGUUUUAACAAUGAGACAUGCAUAUAAUCUCGAAAGAUAGCAAGGUGCUACAAAAUGUAGUUUCUAAGAGUUUUGCAUUUCAAAUUGAUUGCAUUUUUUUCAAAAACAUUUCCAUUAGCUGUCAAGUUUUUAAAUAUACAUGUUUUUU